GUUAACGUUGGCCAUGUGUGUGUUCCCUGCUUGCCGCAUCUACUACGUUAACUGUUAGCAACAGUUAGGGUACAGUUUGCACUUUAUUUAUAAAUACAUAUAUAUAUAUAGAAGCACAGUCAGUACAGUUUUGGUUUAAAGACUGACAUACGUUUUUAGCAGGCUAUAUUUCGUCAACGGAUUAUUAAAGUUAAUUUUAUCUGAAUAUUUUGUUCUGCUCCGCGUUAGCUUCCAUAGCUUCCUCAGCUGAUAUGCAAGUUUGCAUCUUUUAGUUCCAUGAACAGGCUCAGCCUGAUAUGCUUAAAAUUCGACCGCUAUUGAGUGCCUUAGUUAAGAGGAGACCGACAUCAGAGAGAAACGGGGGCUUUUGUAAGUUCUUUUGCAAUAUGAGUGAAGAAUCCAGAGAUGAGCAGACUGCCAAGCAGCAGAAAAGAGCCAACGAGGAAAAUGAAAACUCACCUGAGAUGGUUCAGGCUACAAAGAGAAUAAAAGCAGAGGGGGAACACACUGAAGAUGAAAAGAAAUAUCCCAAAAAGAAAGUGGUCCUCCUCAUGGCGUACUCUGGAAAGGGAUACUAUGGGAUGCAAAGAAACCCUGGAUCCUCUCAGUUUAGGACCAUUGAAGACGAUCUGGUCGCUGCACUUAUUAAAUCUGGUUGUAUUCCAGAAAACCAUGGCGAUGAUAUGAAGAAGAUGUCUUUCCAAAGAUGUGCCAGAACAGAUAAGGGUGUAUCUGCAGCUGGUCAAGUGGUCUCUCUAAAGCUGCGGUUAAUUGAUGAUCUCAUUGAAAAAAUCAAUGAGCAUCUGCCACCGCAGAUCAGAGUACUCGGCCUUAAGCGAGUGACCCAGAGUUUCAAUUCCAAAAACAACUGUGAUGCACGUACAUACUCUUAUAUGCUUCCAACAGUGGCCUUCUCCCCAAAAGACUAUGAUACUGGGAAUAAAGCAGACUUUCGCCUUGAGCCAGAGACAAUUCAGAGGGUGAACCGCCUGUUUGCUCUCUACAAAGGCACACAUAACUUCCACAACUUCACCUCUCAAAAGGCUCCAAAUGACCCUAGUGCUCGCCGCUACAUCACAGAGAUGUCUUGCGGAGAGCCUUUCAUCUGCAGCAAUAAUGAAUUUGCAGUGAUCACUGUGCGAGGCCAGAGCUUUAUGCUGCACCAAAUCCGCAAGAUGAUUGGCCUGGUGAUUGCAGUGAUAAAGGGCUAUGCGAAGGAGGAUGUGAUAGAACAGAGCUGGGGACAGGAGAAAGUGGAUGUGCCCAAAGCUCCAGGACUGGGUCUGGUCUUGGAAAGGGUUCACUUUGACCGGUACAACAAACGAUUUGGAGGGGAUGGGCUGCAUGAGCGUCUGGAAUGGGACCGCGAGGAAGAGGCAAUCAAGACCUUCAAGGAGGCAUACAUCUACCCUACCAUUGUUGAGACAGAGUUGCAGGAGGGUUCCAUGGUCAGCUGGAUGUCCACACUUCCUAUCCAUGACUUUGAAGCCACAGCUACUGACACUCGAGACAAUAAGGACCAGAAACUGGUAACUGGACGUGAUACUAGAGACAUUGCAGAUGUACGGAAUGAUUCAGAUUAGGUCACCCUGUCUGCUGAAUGAAGAGACAUUUUCUCUCCAAAACGUUAUCUCUCUUCUGUUGGGAAUAGAUUUCCUUUUGAGUCUUUCUUCCAAGAUACUUUUUUUAGUGGAAUUAAAUUCUGUUUCUUGUCAAACAAACAACACGUUAAUAAAAGCCUCUGUGUUCUUUACUAUA